AUGCUAUCUAAUAAUAAUAAUAAUAAUAAUAAUAAUGAUGUCGCCGAACUCGAACGGCUACGACGUGAGGCUGUUCCCUCAUCGGAUGAAAAUGCUACGGCUGAGGAUGCGGCGCCACAAAUUGUAGAGCAACCUGCAAACUUGGAUGCCGCCGUGAAUACCCCAGUUGUGGUUGAUUCAAACGAUGAUGGAACAGUCGCCCAGGAACUAGAAUUAGAGCAUAUGAGGAGUACAUUGGAAGAAGCGAUUGUGGAAACGCGCAGUACGCCUCUCGAAAAUCGACCGCGACUUCCCCGCAUAACCCUAAGCAAGCGGAAUCAGGCUGUCGUGAGGGCUCUGAACCCAAUGCUGGUGACCUAUUUGGAAGCCUGCCGGGACCUUUGCGAGACGGACUCAAUUCUUUUUGGCGCCGCGCUGGCAGUCUGCCGUAUCAUAGGCGCCAAUGUUUCCUCGGCUGGACGCGCUACUGGCCAAAUUAGCGCUAUCCCAGCAUGGAGAAGAAGAAUUGAGGAACGUAUCGCAAAGGCUAGAGCUCUCAUUGACAGACUGAUAUGCUUCAGAUCAGGCAAUAACAGGCCAAGAAUUAUGCGCACCGUCAGGAUGGCGUUUGCUGGGACGAAUGUCAGUUUGUCCCAGCCGGAUAUAACGCAAAAACUAACGGAGCGCAUAGAUGAUCUGCAGCAGAGAAUCGCUGCUUGGGGAAAGCGGAUUCGACCGAUAUACCUAGUAUACCGAGAGGUUGACACGGUUCAACCAGAAUAG